GGGAGAAGGUGGAUGUGAAAGAGCAAUAUUUAAAGAUUUGUGGUAACUUGAAAGCCCGCUUUAUCAAAUAGUUUACUUUCUUUCUGUAGCUGCUGCUGCCACUACUACUGCUGCUGCCGGUGCCGCUGGUUACUUGCUUUCUCGGUGUUGUUAUUUGUUGUAAUCCCCCCAUCGCAAAAUAGCAGAAGUAACCAGAUCUUGAACCGUAAUGAGAAAGAACAGUUUUGACUUUACCCUGAUGGAGCACACAGUGCAGACAUAUUUCUCUGAUUGUUGGUGUCUGGUCGGUUGAAUCGAGAUAUGUUGCUAUCAGCAUGUAUUCUCAUGCUGUUUCUCUGCAGUUGCUUAUGUAGCAAUCUCACUUUCUAUGUAGCUGAAGAGCAAGAUGCAGGAACACUCGUGGGAGACAUAGCAGCUAAUCUGAAUUUAAAUUAUGAUAAACAAACUGCAGACACUAGUUUGAUAUCGUUUAACCUAAUUGGCGUUGCCGAUUUGUUUAAUGUCACAAAAGCUGGCAAACUGUACACUACACAGAAAUUAGAUGCUGAGUCUCUGUGUGUUUAUGACACUCAGUGCUUCAAAAUGAUACGGGUUAUUUUUAGAGAAAAUAGGAAAAAUGAAAACUUUUUAAAGAUAAAAAUUGUGAUACAAGAUGUCAAUGAUUACUCGCCCGAGUUUCCCAAAGGAGAAAUUUAUCUUCGGUUUUUAGAAACGGAUGGUGAAGGAACAAAAAAAUUUUUGCUAAAUGCAAUAGACAAAGAUGUUGGAGAAGCAAACUCACGGAUUUCAUAUCAAAUAAUUAAUGACUACGAAGGAACGUUUGGCUUAGUGACUUCUAAAAGAGUUGAUGGUACAGAUAAUCUAGAGAUUGUCUUAAAAGAAAUGUUGGACAGAGAAGUACAAGAAACAUAUAAAUUACAGAUCAUUGCAACUGAUAAUGGUGUUCCAUCCAGACGGGGCAAAAUGGAUGUCCAGAUCUCUGUGAUUGAUGCAAAUGAUAAUCCCCCCAUAUUCUCUCAGAAUACUUACAAUGUUUUCAUAAAUAGCAGCCAUCGAAUAGAUAAACCAGUGUUUGUCCUAUCUGCUCAUGAUUUGGAUUAUGGAGAUAAUAGUAAAAUUUCAUACAAAUUUGGAUCAAAAACAUCCGAAGCUGCUAAACACAAUUUUCGGUUAAAUGAAAUAACUGGUGAAAUAUAUCAUAAAGGUAAAUUUUCAUUAGGAGAAAAUCAAAAUUAUAAAUUGUUUGUUGAAGCUAGAGACGGGGGAAAACCCUUUCUUAGUUCUAUUACCUUAGUUCAUAUCAGCAUCGUCAGUAAACAUAAUAACCCACCAGUCAUUGAGAUAAGUUUUGUUUCAAGAAUAACAGAGGAGACAACUGUCAUUUCAGAAGACAUCAAAGUCGGUAAUUUUAUAGCUUUUGUGAAAGUGACCGAUGAUGACACUGGAGAAAACGGAGAAGUAGAGUGUCAACUGAAUCAUCCUAAAUUCCAGCUUCAAAUCUUGGGGAGCAAAGAAUAUAAAAUAACUGUGAAAGAAGCAGUUGACAGAGAAAAAAAUAGUGAUUUUCGUGUAACAAUGGCAUGUGAAGAUAAUGGUUCUCCAGCAUUACGAAGCAUCAAAAAUUUCUCAGUCAAAGUGACAGAUGUUAAUGAUGUACCGCCUAAGUUUUCAAAGGAUUCAUUCAGAUUUCUGAUUAAGGAAAAUGAAAGCCCAAAUUUCCCUGUUGGCUAUAUGGAAGCUACAGAUCCCGAUGAAGGAGAGGGAGGAAAAUUAUCUUAUUUAAUUUUGAACAAUCAUCAGAAUUUGUUUCCUUUCAAAAUUUCCAACGGCGGUUUUAUUUCAACAACUACAUCGUUAGACAGAGAAAUCAAAGACUUUUAUCAGUUCCAAGUUUUAGUGAAAGACAAUGGAACGUCAUCAUUGAACAGCACUACAAACGUUACUGUCGAAGUCAUGGAUGUGAAUGACAAUGCCCCUUAUUUCACUUCUCCUAAUGUUGAAUCAGUCACCCUUAAUGUACAUUAUCUACCACUAAGUAACAACGAGAUUACAGUUUUCAAAGCAUCUGACAAGGACACGCCUAGAAAUGCUUUUCUGAAAUAUGGAAUAUACCAAGGCAAUGACAAGAAAUUAUUUGCACUCAACUCUCGCACAGGUGUGUUGUCUUUUGCUCGCAUGGUUUAUCAGAAUGACGCUGGGGAAUAUAAACUUGUAGUUUUAGUUGAAGACAGUGGUAUUCCAGUUCUAUCAGCAACUGCUUCAGCUACUUUAAGGCUGACUGUUAGUAAUGAUGCUCCAAAGAUCAAGGCAACUGCAGAGUCUUCGGACAAAGACUGGAUAGAUAUGAACUGGAUGAUAAUCAUUGUUGCAGGGGUUGUGAUUGUAUCUGUGGCUAUUGUGAUAUCAGUUACUGUAUGUAUUAUAAAGUACUGUAAAUCAAAAAACAGGCUCUCAGCUGAAAGGAGCUCAUCAUCAAACCAUUCUCAAAGAGAAAUGAGUCAACUAAUUUCAGACAAUUAUCAUCCUGCCACUAUGGUAAGGAAUUUACCUAGAAUGCAUAAUACAAAUGCUUCUUUUAUUGACCCAAGAACUGAGUUUUUUCAUGGAGCUCCAUCCCAAACUUGGAGGGAGUGUAAAUCCCCUUCUUCACGACAAAGAGGACCAAUACCAACACCGGCCUUCAUUCCACAAGUUGAAGUCAUACGAGAAGAAAAGGGAGUUGAAGAGAGUCAAAAUAUAACCACACCAUCAACAUUGAAAAGAGACCAUCAAUUUAGAGGGAACACAAUCAACAGACAUUAUGAAGAAAUACCAGAUUUGCCCACCUAACUAGGAAAUACUUAUUUUUGGAAAAAAACA